AUUAAAGCGAGCAGCCGGUAAACCGGUUGCACAGUGAAGAUGGCGGUCGCGUACGUGUCUGCUAUGAGGCGGACUUCUAACGGAGCGGCGUUUUGGGCAUUACGGGGCAGUAGUAGUAGUAGUAGCAGUAGCAGCAGCAGCAGGGGUUUCUUGACUGUCUGUGGUGGUACUAUCCAACACAAGACCGAAGAAAAUCAAGAUCAACUGGACUCUGCCAACACUCUCAAGUGUGCUGCUGAAAAUGCAAUGCAACAAAAGAUGUCUCCUAGUCCAUGUGCUGGUCAAAAAAAGCUGCAACUUAAAAUGAACGAGUUAGUGAAAGAACAUCAGACCCUGCAGGAGAAGUAUCGGAGAAUUGUAGCCCAUGUUGAAGAUGACAAUAGAAGAAUCAGAAAAUGUGUUGAAGAUGCCAGAUUAUAUGGUAUUCAUAGUCUUUGUAAAGAUAUCCUAGCAGUAGCUGAUCUCCUAGAAAAGACAACUCGGAGCGUAACUGAGGAGGACCUUGCUAACUCCAGCCCAACUUUGAAGAACUUCUAUAAAGGUGUAUGCUUGAUUGAUGAGAAGCUGUGCAAAAUAUUUUCUAAGCACGGAUUGGAGAAGAUGAAUUCCAUUGGCCUUGAAUACAACUCAGCUGAACACGAAAUCCUGCUGCGUGUUCCAUCUGUGGAUGCGUUACCCAGUACAGUGGUAAAAAUAGUACAAGAAGGGUAUAAACUUCAUGGCAGGGUUCUAAGGACUGCACAAGUUGGACUGGCCAUUGAGGCCCAGCCACAUUUUAAGGCACAGUAGAACUGAAUUUUCUGACUGUCACAAUAUAGUGUAUGAUCUUAGAAUUAAUUCUAUGAAAAAUAUCCUUUUCAUUGAUGGUUAGCUAUAUCAUGAAGGGCAUUGAAUUGCUGCUAAGAUUUGUCUAUGAAGGUGAGUGGGGUGCAGAAACAUAUGAUGUCACGUGCAUUUUCACAUGUCCCAUCAAAUCUAUUGAAGGUGAUAUGCCUGUUGUACUGAAAGCUUAAGGCAUGAUAGAGGUCUAGUUUGUCUAACACUGCCAGAGAACUCCAACUUGUCUCGACCCACUACAUAAUAAAAGAACUCGCAAUGGAAGUGCCUCUGAUUCAGUCUGUAGUUGUGCCAUGAAAAGUUGUGGUCUACACUAAGAUUAUAAUUUCUUUUAGUUGUUACAGUUUGCCACAGUGCUCCUUUUUUAAGGUGUGAAAUGUCUUGAAUUCCCAUUCCUGGCUAUGUCUUUAUCCCCUUGUGUGAAUUGAUGGAUUGGAAUCAACAAACAGUUGGAUAAUUUCACAAUUUGCAAUAUAUCAAGGCUUAUAACAGCACUACAAUUGGAAACCUACUGUAGAAUUACUUGGAACUGAGCCUUAAGGCUGGGGGGUGGAAAAAACAAAAUCUAGAAAGGGCAGUAAAAUUUUACCAGGAUUAAAUGCUUCAUGUAAUGGCCUUCCAGAACUCUUAGUUAAGAUUAGGUUGUUGCUUGGAAAUUUUUGCAAUGUGGAGGCUUUUUCUUGUCAAAAUGUUGAGUUAGAAAAGAUUGAAUUCUAUUCAGUUCCACUGUGCAAGACUUUUUUAAUCUGUUGACAUUUUGUGCCCUUGAUUUUAACUGGAAACAGUUAAAUGAAGAACUGGUGAAAUGAUCCCUGUACAUAGAAUCCAAGUUUUAGACUGAGCUGGCUAAUCUUCAUUUGUUUCUGAAAUUAUUUUGUACAAGUCUAUGUUGAAACUGUGUUCAAUGAACAAUAGUAUGUUAUUUAUUACAGUGUAAAACUGUAAAUCUAUUUAUAACAUACCAUGAUGAGCAAAUUUUAUUUUUUGUAAUCGUUAGUGCAAGUAUGCUAGUGAAAACUGUAAUAUAUUUGUUUCUGUAUUCUUUUAGUGUUGUGAACUAAAUGUAUGUCAAGUGCCCAAAGUCACUUUUAUAUAUUGUCAAUAAGUACUCACUUUAAUAAACGAGCUGAGAAGUUGUUUUUUUAAGAAAAA